GCUAUUGCUAUUCUCUCUCCUUGAGCUACUGCCGCUGUUUGUAACUUUUGGUGCUUCCACUGCGCCAAAACCAAGAAAAGAGGAAGAUAUUUGCUUAACCAUGGCGGACAAGGCAGUGACUAUUAGGACAAGGAAGUUCAUGACGAACAGGCUCCUUUCCAGGAAACAAUUCAUCAUUGAUAUUUUGCAUCCUGGGAGGCCCAAUGUUUCUAAGGCGGAGUUGAAGGAGAAGCUUGCUAGAAUGUAUGAGGUGAAGGACCCAAAUUCGAUCUUUGUGUUCAAGUUCAGGACUCAUUUUGGAGGUGGUAAAUCUACUGGAUUUGGUUUGAUAUAUGAUUCUGUCGAGAACGCAAAGAAGUAUGAGCCCAAAUACAGACUGAUCAGGAAUGGACUCGACACCAAGGUGGAGAAAUCAAGGAAGCAAAUGAAGGAAAGGAAGAACAGGGCUAAGAAGAUCCGUGGAGUAAAGAAGACCAAGGCCAGUGAAGCAGCAAAGAAGAAGUGAGCUAAAAGGGAUGAAAGAAAAGGUGAAAUCUAUGUCUAUCUUAGGGUCAGUCUUUUUCAACAGCUUUUGUUUACUAGCCUCGCCUCAAGUGUUUAGGUGUCCUUGAACCUGAUUUACCAUUUUGUUUUCGAAAGUGGAUUUUGAUGUUGUAUUAUCUGAUUGUUCUAAUUUGAGUACUCUUGCAGUGCAGAAUUUUGAAAUUUUUAGAUCA